GCGGUGUCCACCGCGGCAGGGGCCCGCCCGUCCUCCCGGUGCUCUUCGUGACCCUCUUGUCCCUCGUCUCCCCCAGGUUGGGCUGCACCCCUCCUGAAGCUUCUCGCGGAAAGGCUCCGGGUGUCCCCCGCCAUGCCCCGUUCCGUGGCGGAGUGCGCGGCCACCGGCCCUCGGGAGAAGUCGGGUGGCCCCGAGUGGCCCUGGGGACGAGUGGCCGCGUUUGUGCAGUGGUAUUAAGCAGGAUGCGGUAGCACGUGACCCUGGAGCGCAAACCCUGAUGCCGUUUCUCCGCCACGCGGGCGCCCUUUUCUGACACUCGGCCGCGAGCAGAUGCAUCACAGGAUGAAUGAAAUGAACUUGAGCCCUGUGGGGAUGGAGCAGCUGACUUCAUCCUCCGUGAGCAAUGCCUUGCCAGUCUCAGGAAGCCACCUGGGGUUGUCUGCCUCCCCCACCCACAGUGCCAUUUCUGCCCCAGGCCUACCAGUCGCAAUUCCAAACCUGGGUCCGUCCCUGAGCUCUCUGCCUUCUGCUUUGUCUUUGAUGCUCCCAAUGGGUAUUGGGGAUCGUGGGGUGAUGUGUGGGUUGCCUGAGAGAAACUACACCCUACCUCCACCCCCUUACCCUCACCUGGAGAGCAGUUACUUCAGAACCAUUCUACCUGGCAUUUUAUCUUAUUUAGCUGACAGACCACCUCCUCAGUACAUCCACCCCAACUCUAUAAAUGUUGAUGGUAAUACAGCAUUAUCUAUCGCCAAUAACCCUUCAGCACUAGAUCCCUACCAGUCCAAUGGAAAUGUUGGAUUAGAACCAGGCAUUGUUUCAAUAGACUCUCGGUCUGUGAACACACAUGGUGCCCAAAGUCUUCAUCCCAGUGAUGGCCAUGAAGUGGCCUUGGACCCAGCAAUCACUAUGGAGAACGUUUCUAGGGUCACCAGCCCAAUCUCUACUGAUGGAAUGGCAGAGGAACUUACAAUGGAUGGUGUGGCAGGUGAUCAUUCACAAAUCGCAAAUGGCUCCAGAAGUCAUGAACCUUUGUCCGUGGAUUCUGUGAGCAACAACCUUGCAGCAGACACUGUAGGACAUGGUGGUGUGAUACCCAUUCAUGGGAAUGGCCUGGAGCUCCCUGUGGUCAUGGAGACAGACCACAUCACUAGUCGGGUCAACGGGAUGUCGGACAGUGCCCUCAAUGACUCCAUCCACACUGUGGCCAUGAGCACCAACUCUGUAAGCGUGGCACUCUCUACCUCACACAACCUCGCUUCCUUAGAGUCUGUUUCCCUGCAUGAAGUUGGUCUCAGUCUAGAACCAGUGGCUGUCUCCUCUAUCACUCAGGAGGUUGCUAUGGGAACAGGCCAUGUAGAUGUAUCUUCAGACAGUCUUUCUUUUGUACCACCUUCACUGCAAAUGGAAGACUCCAAUUCAAACAAGGAAAACAUGGCAACCUUGUUUACAAUUUGGUGCACUCUCUGUGACCGAGCCUAUCCCUCUGACUGCCCUGAUCAUGGACCGGUGACCUUUGUUCCUGACACUCCGAUAGAGAGCAGAGCGAGGCUCUCUCUGCCAAAGCAGCUUGUUCUCCGCCAGUCAAUUGUGGGAGCAGAAGUUGGUGUGUGGACUGCAGAGACCAUCCCUGUGCGGACUUGCUUUGGGCCUCUAAUUGGCCCGCAGAGUCACUCCCUGGAAGUAGCAGAAUGGACAGAGAAGGCAGUUAACCAUACCUGGAAGAUAUACCACAAUGGUGUCCUAGAAUUCUGCAUCAUUGCAACUGAUGAAAAUGAAUGUAAUUGGAUGAUGUUUGUGCGCAAAGCCAGGAACCGGGAAGAGCAGAAUUUGGUGGCUUAUCCCCACGAUGGAAAAAUAUAUUUCUGCACCUCACAAGAUAUCCCUCCUGAAAACGAACUGCUUUUUUAUUACAGCCGGGAUUAUGCUCAGCAGAUUGGUGUUCCUGAACACCCAGAUGUGCACCUCUGUAACUGUGGCAAGGAGUGCAGUUCCUAUUCAGAGUUCAAAGCCCAUCUGACCAGCCACAUCCAUAACCAUCUUCCUAGCCAGGGCCACAGCAGCAGCCACGGACCAAACCACAGCAAAGAAAGGAAGUGGAAGUGCUCGAUGUGCCCCCAGGCUUUUAUCUCUCCUUCCAAACUUCAUGUCCACUUCAUGGGUCACAUGGGUAUGAAGCCCCACAAGUGUGACUUCUGUAGCAAAGCCUUUAGUGAUCCCAGCAACCUCCGGACCCACCUCAAGAUACACACAGGUCAGAAGAACUACAGGUGUACCUUGUGUGACAAGUCUUUCACCCAGAAGGCUCACCUGGAAUCGCAUAUGGUCAUCCACACAGGGGAGAAGAAUCUGAAGUGUGAUUACUGUGACAAGUUGUUCAUGCGGAGACAGGACCUCAAACAGCAUGUGCUCAUUCACACACAAGAACGCCAGAUCAAGUGUCCCAAGUGUGAUAAGCUGUUCUUGAGAACAAACCACUUAAAGAAGCAUCUCAAUUCUCAUGAAGGAAAACGGGAUUAUGUCUGUGAAAAAUGUACAAAGGCGUAUCUAACCAAAUACCAUCUCACCCGCCACCUGAAAACCUGUAAAGGACCCACUUCCAGUUCAUCAGCACAAGAGGAGGAAGAGGAUGAUGACUCAGAGGAGGAAGAUCUAGGAGAUUCUGUGGGAACAGAAGACUGUAGGAUUAACAGUUCUGUAUAUUCAGCCAAUGAGUCACUCUCUACACAUAAAUAAAAAAAGCAGACUAUUUUGGAUGGAAAAUGCAAAGGGAAAAACACACAUAAACAGUUAUCCACUACAAUGUUUUAUAUAAAAUGGUUUUGAUUUCUUUUCAGACAGUAGUCAAAAUAAACGGAAUGAGAUUGGAGAAAGCACUUAUAGAAGAAAGAGUCUCCUAAUGAAAACCGUUUAAAGCAGACUAGGAAAAGAGAACGUAUGUCCUAUUUUAAGUGACAAAUGGGAAGGAGUCAGCUUUCGAGGUCUGUUCUUUAUUUUUGUGAUAAUCUGGGAGAUGCAUUUCAUGCCUGGGUCAAAGCUGCCUUCCACACAGACAAAUCGGAUGCAUCAUAUUCUUCCAUUAGCCCUAUUUCUCCUAGCCCGAUAGCUUGUUAACACUUUGAAUUUGGUCCCUGCUCCAUAGCCAUCCCAGUGGCUGGUUGUGUUUUUUGUACUGUUGUGACUUACACUCAUCCCAGAUGGAUUGCGGUGCUGCAGUGUAAGUGUGUCUUUUUGGCUGCAGCUCACAAGUUUAAGGUGGCACCUGCCUUAACCGUUAUUUGGGAGCUUAGGGUAGAUCUUGCUUCCCAGAUUUUCAGCAGAUGCCUGAGGGCAAAUAGAAGAAGAGCAGUCAGUCAGUAGGCAGGGAUGGGAAAAGAAAAGAGAUGUUUUACCUGGCCACUGUCCCAGAAGAUAGCUUUGAUAGAAACCAGGGCAAGGAACCUGGUUAUUGUUACUUAAAGAUCUUUGUAGGUUUAGACAUCUAUAUCCAAGAAAACCUCCAGUCAUUCAGAGGGAACCUGGAGGUGUACAGAGAGCUCAGAUAAUGCCAGCUGGACUGCCUCCUGACCAACAGUUACAGACUCACCUGACACAGCGGGACCUCAGCCAAUGUAAAGGGAGGAAAGAAAUGAUCUCUUAUAUUUGAUUUACCUUAUGAAAAGUAUCAAGACACCAUUAAAAUGAAAAUGUUGCCAACUCAGAGCAACAAGUAACUGUAAACACAUUGGUGCAUUGGGAGGUUAGGCCUUCCCAGUUGUCUGUGCUGGCAGACCUCACCAGAUAAGCCUGGAGAUGCCAAAGGAGUUGGAGGGUAAGGAAAGCUUAAUGGAUAGGACAUGGGCCUGUUUUGGGGGUCCCAGCUUGAUUAAUUCAUCCAUCCACCUGGUCUUUGUGUCUCACAUGGUGUUCGCGGAAGCUGACCAUCGUUAAGUUGAAGAGAUUGGUAAAACAUGCUCUCCUGCUAGAAGGCACAACCUCUGGGCUGGAGUAGAGGACUUUGGUGGGAAGGUUUUGCUGCUAAUGUAUUUAUGGAAUGAAUGUAUUUCAUUCAAACUUGUAUUCCUCUAGGAAGGAUUAAAAUUAAAGCUUUUUUUAAAAUACAGGA